AUGCUUCGGCCGCUCGCCGCACCGCCGCUCCCCGCCGUCGAGCCAACACUCCUGGAGCUUCGCGUUGCAGCUUCCCAAGCAAAUUCUAUUAUUGAUUACAAAGAUUGGCAAAUUUCACUCGGACGUCGUUUUAGAAUCAAGACAAGUCUCAGAGAUCUUUCUGGCAUGUUCGUCUUGCGAUUUGCAGUAGGAGUGCCGCUCACAGAGCAGCAACGCGUCUUUGCUGCUUGGAAGCUUCUGCAAGAUUUGGCCACCAAACAGUUAGGACGUUCACAAUAA